AUGUCGGAAAACGCGAAAAACAAUAGCUGCCUGCAUUGCAGCGUAUUCAGUACGAAAUACCAGUACCAGGAGAUAUUCGAUGAGUUCGGAAUCGAGCUGGGACUGCAAUCCCUGCUGGCCAAGCACUUCCAGUUCGAUGUGUUCCCCGAUCCGCAGAAACAGCAGCUCCUGUGCGAGGUGUGCGUCAACAAUCUCAUCCGCCUGUUUGAUAUUGAUGAACUGGAGAGGGAAAGGGAUGCGGCCAAGCAGGUGGUCCAGGACCAGGUCCAGGUCCAAGUUCAGGAUGAGCUCCCCACGCAGGAGGAACCAAUUAUCACUACCGAAGUCCAGGCAUCUCCGCCAGCUGCAAGACCCGCCAAGAAAGAAGCGCCUCCAAAGCCUCUUGCCAAGGUUCUGCGUCCUGUGCCCAUUAUUCCCCCUAGGGCACCAAGUGCCCGGUUGAGGAAAUCAGUAGUUCCAGCUACCCAGAUAAUACCUAAACCAGCUCUAUCUCCUGCGAUAGCCAAGGAGCCUUCGCCGGAACUUCCUACUCCUAAAAGUGAAGCCAAGCUGGCAGAUCAGGAACAAAUCAGUGUCCUUAUGCAAAACAUCCUGGACGAAGACGAGGCUAUUGCUAACGACGAGUCCAUUGUUGAAGAGGUGACCUGUGAAGAUGCCCAGUUCCCAGAGCAAACGGAAAUCGCUGAACAAAUGGUUCUCCUGAACAGCGAAUCCGUUGCAGAACCUAAUCUGGAUGAGGAUGUAUACAUAUACGAGCAAGAGGAUAUUUUAGAUCCAAAUUUGGAGGACGUGAAGGUCAAACCAAUGGUCCGUCCAUCAAGAUUGAUAGCUGAAGCAGAGGAAAGUCAAAGUGAAGGAGAACUCGAUGAGGGAGAGCCCAGCAAUAUAGUUCUCUUUAACUUCGUUGAUAUCAAAGAAAAGGAUGACAUUCAUGAUAUUCCGGAAUACUUGUCCACCGUUGUAAAGACCAGCUUCGAGAAGCUUACAUUUGAGUGGUGUACUGUGUGCAAGCACUGCUCCCUGAAGUGUCCCACAUUUGAAAACCUUUUCAGUCACAUUUUGAAGACCCACAAAACCCGAAGAGAUGUCUUUCAGUGUCCCAUUGAAGGCUGCAGCAAAGAGCUGAAAGGACGCCAAUUCCUAGCCAUGCAUCUGGUUCUUUUGCACGCACCCGUGGCUGAAAUUCCAAUUUAUGGAUGCUGUCCGGAAUGUAAAAUGACAUUUUCUAACAUUUUGCAGUACAACAAACAUUCUUGUGCUCAUGUUAUCAAAAAGAAGAGAGGUAUUCGCUCGUUUUGUGAAAUGUGCUCCCUGGAGUUUCCAUCCUGGAAGCGUUUCAAUUUCCACAACCAAUUCCACCUGGAGAAGCACAGACCUCGCGCUUGCUUCGUCUGCGAUUUUGCCAGCACCAACAUUGAUGAGCUUUUCCAGCACUUGAACUACGCCCAUGAACCAGUGGGCACCUUAUUUUGCGACCUUUGCGACCGUACCUUCCGGGAUCCCGCAGUUUUCAUGGAGCACAACAAGUCGCAUGCCAAUGUGAGCAGCACAACAUACUCUUGCGGGGAAUGUAUGGCGAACUUUGAGUCCAGAGGUCGAUUAAAUGGGCACAUGAGGGCAAUGCAUGGCAGCGUUAUUAGCUGCGAGCUCUGUUCCCGCGAAUUUGCCACCGAAGCCACAUACAACAUUCACAUGAAGAAGCAUCUGAUCAUUGAACGUGAUGUUCAUGUGUGCGGAAAUUGUGGUUUUUUAAGUGACAGCCGCGAUACCCUGCUUGCUCAUGUGGAUUCCGAAAAGUCUCCCUGUUUUGGUACCAAGAGAUACGUGGAAAUUCUUCGGGAUGCUUACAUCUGCGAGUACUGCUCCUCGUACUUUAAAACCAAGGAAAAUCUGCAAGCCCAUCGGGACUCGGGAGUUCAUAAGGAUGGAUUGUACUGGUGCCAGCCCUGCGGCAAGGACUUUCCGCACAUGAAACUGUACCGCCAUCACCUGCGCAAUUACCAACAGCUCCGCUCGGACUCGACACAUCGCAAGCUUGAGAUUUGUGUGUACUACAUGUGCGAUCAGGAGAACUGCUCAGAGGCUUAUGUGAACUGGAACUCCUUGUACACACACAAGCGACGCACCCACGAAUCUUCGAAAAAGCAGGCGGAGAAGAACUCCAAGACUGCCCCAGAAUGGAUUUGCCAGUUUUGUCUCAAGGAGUGCCGCUCGAAGAUGUCCUUGUCCGUUCAUGUGGCAAGGAGCCACAAUAAUGACAACGUGGUUUGUCCUUUGUGCAAGGCUUCUUACAAAAGCCAGGAGGCUCUGGCCAAACACCAUGCCUAUUGGCAUGAACCUAUUGAGUGCCCGGAAUGUUUUAAAAUUGUCAAAAAUCGAAGGAAUUAUGACACUCAUGUUAAUGUAGUGCAUUCGAAUAAGAAGCGCUAUUCCUGCAGUGUCUGUCAGAAGGGUUUUUAUCACAAGAGUGAAAUGGAGGCUCAUCAGAAGCUUCAUGGACAGUCAUACAGCUGCGAUCAGUGCAGUUUCACCACCAGGAACAAGAAGUCGCUUUCUGUUCACAUCCUUGGUCAGCACUACAAGCGUUUUGCUUUUGAGUGCAAGGAGUGCAAGAAGAGGUUUGGACGUCGACAGGGUUUGAAUACCCACAUGCAGCGAUCUCAUGGUGCCAAGUUAAUGUGCCGUGAUUAUUUCGAGGAAGGCUGUGGACGCACCUUUGCGAACAGUUCACAGUUAAACGUUCAUGUCCGAAAGGUGCACAAGGGAAUCAUUUUACUCCAAGAGGAUGUGGUCGAAGAGGAUGAAUAUACCGCCGACGAUAUGCCAUCGACAUCGAAAAAGCAAUGCAUUCGAAUCGGCGAUGACAACGUUGAAUUUAUAGAAGAGGUCGGAGAUGAUCAGGAUGGCAUAGAGAUGGAAGAGGGUGAAGAGGAGGAAGAUGAGUUCAUCGACGAGAUACCAGAAGAAGACACCAAGAAUUGAGGCUGACAAAUUUCGGUGAUGUAAGACUUUUUGC